GGCAGGGAGACUCCAGGGGCUCCUCUGGAGGGGUGGGAGAGCCGCGUUCUGCCGGUAAAUAACGCCGUUCCGGUAAAGAAAUAAACCCGCUCUGCCCGCGCGCGCCCCGGGCCUGAGGGCGAAGGGGGCGGUGACUGCCCGCGCACGCGCUGCGGGGCGUGGCCUCGCGGCGAUUGGCCGCGGCCACCCGGCGUCCCGCGCAUGCGCCGCGCCAUGUGGGCUGGGCGCCUGCGUACUGCGUCGAGGCGGGGAAGCAGCGGCGCCGCGCCGCCGCCUCAGCCCCGGCUCCGCAGCGGCAUGGCGGCGGCGGCCGGCCCGGGCGGGGAGGAGGCCACGGCGCCGGCCCCCAAGAAGCGGCGGCUGGCGGCCGGGGAGCGCUACGUGCCGCCGCCGCGGAAGCUGAGUGCCGGGGUGAGCUUCGGCGCGGCGCAUUUCGCCGAGACCUCGUACUACUUCGAGGGAGGGCUGCGCAAGGUGCGGCCUUACUACUUCGACUUCCGCACCUACUGCAAGGGCCGCUGGGUGGGCCGCAGCCUCCUGCACGUCUUCGGCACCGAGUUCCGCGCCCAGCCCCUCGCCUACUACCGCGCCGCCGCCCGCGCCGGCCGCCUCCGCCUCAACGAGGAGCCCGUGAGCGACCUGGACAUCGUGCUCAAGAAUAACGAUUUUCUCAGGAAUACAGUGCAUCGCCACGAGCCACCGGUCACUGCCCAGCCUAUCCAGAUCUUGGUGGAGGACGAUGAGGUGGUGGUUGUGGACAAACCAUCCUCUUUGCCAGUACAUCCCUGUGGCAGGUUUCGUCACAACACAGUCAUCUUCAUCCUAGGCAAAGAGCAUAACCUGAAGGAGUUGCAUACCAUUCACCGGCUGGAUCGUAUGACCUCGGGGGUUCUUAUGUUUGCCAAGACCGCAGAGGUGUCCAAGAGGAUCGAUGAGCAGGUUCGGGAGAGACAGCUGGAAAAGGAGUAUGUCUGUCGUGUGGUGGGGGAGUUUCCAGAACAUGAAGUGGUCUGUGAAGAGCCCAUAUUGGUUGUUUCUUACAAAGUGGGAGUGUGCCGCGUGGACCCGAAAGGGAAAUUCUGCAAAACCAUCUUCCAGAGACUCAGUUACAACGGCAAGACCAGUGUUGUCAAGUGUCUUCCACGUACAGGCCGCACGCACCAGAUCCGGGUCCAUUUGCAGUAUUUGGGGCAUCCUAUUGUUAACGACCCCAUCUAUAAUAUGGAAGCCUGGGGCCCCGACAGGGGCAAGGGUGGCAAGAUCAAUAAAACGGAUGAAGAACUCCUUAAGGCGCUAGUAGAAGAGCAUCGUUCUAAACAAAGCCUGGAUAUCUUGGGUAUUGCGGAGGAGGACUUGAACUCCAAUGCUGAAAAUGAAGAGACUGGUAAUUUAAGUGACUGCACAAAGUCUGUGCAGGCUGAUCCUGUAAAUGAGAACUCUUGCCCUUCUGAGGAUGCUAAGGGUCCUGAGAGAAAUGACAUAGCAGUUUGUCCCCUGUACUCUGAUAUCAACUUGGAAGCGCUCAAAAAAAAUAAAGAACUCGGUUCAUGUGAGAAUCAGGAUGGGCAAACAGGAGAAAAGAGUUCAGAAGAGAAGGACCCUUUAUGUGUGGAGUGUAAAAUUACAAGGCGGGACCCAUCUCCCAAGGAGCUGGUGAUGUACCUGCAUGCCCUGCGCUAUAAGGGAGCGGAGUUUGAGUAUUGCUCCAAGAUGCCUGAGUGGGCAAUGGAGGACUGGGAGGAGUGACUGCAGACACCUGACACCUACGGACGUUGCUGGCCAGGAAGGCAUCUUGUAAAGACCUAAGAUUUACUUGUUCAGUGUGGUGGAGGUGAACAACCUGUCUGUGACUUGAGAUGGGGUGGGAGGGGUUGGGGCUGGAGAACUGUCCUGACUGCCAACAGGCGCUGCAAAAGGUGGGCAGGAAGAUGGGACUAGGACACGGGAUUUAUGCUGCCCUUCAGUGAACUAGCACUUCAGGGCAACAAACACCACUCGGCACGGGCAGCUUUGCCUUUCACCUCAACGUAUUCUGGGUCUGCUGUCGAUUAUCUACACAGAUAAUUAAGUGCAUGCACUUAAGUCAGCAACUGAUUUUUCUUCUGGCCUGCUGUGUUCUUGUAUGUUACAAUAAGAGCUGGUGGAAUAUCAUUCAAUAUGCUGGAUGUCAUGUCAUACACAAAACUAUUUUUACUGUAUUUUAUUGCCAGACUGAUUUUAAAACUCAAACAUUAUCACUGACAACACUGUAAGGUAAAACCAGAGCACUGUGAAGCUGAUCCAUUUUGUGCUUGCUGUUUGUCAGCAAGGUAGACUUUGCUUUGAAAUUGCUUUUUCAGUAUUCAUUGAAAUAAUUACUUAAAGUUAGUAACUCUAGGGACUGAUCUCUUUAUAUUGGGUCUAUUUUUGGAGGUACUAGUCCCCAGAUUUUGUCUUUAUGAGAUUUAUAAGGAGACUGAUUUAGUAGGCUUUUUGCCUUUCUGUUUUGUUCCCUCCCUGUGAUGUAUCUCCAGCCCUCUCAAAAAAGCUCUGGCUUCUCUUCUGAGAACCUAUCGAUCUCUGUCCCUUGUGCCUCAUUGAAAAAAUCUUCAUGCUUGAGGAAAAAAUCCAAAGUAGAGGUCAGUCUGCCAACUUAUAUUUUUUUAUUUCUUUUUAAACUGUACUAUAGGCAGGCUGUUUCUGAUUGGUAUGGAAUUGGUUUUAGUAUCACUUCAGUGUGACAAUCAGCUUUAAAGAAAAACAAAAGCUGUUUUAUGAACCAGAAGACCUUUUUUAAAUACACGUUUUAUAGUGUUUCCAGAAUGAUAAAUCUCACUACAGUUCUUAUUUUCAUCAGUGUUUAUGUGGUCACUUCUUGGCCUCUGGGAGGAUUAUUAUAAUUCUGCUGUCUCAGGUUCUUUUUUAUCUUUUUUUUUUUUUCUCUUUUCCAUAUGUGUCACCAGUGGUAAUGACACCCCAGCUCCAGUGACUGCUGCAGACAAUCAGACCCUUUACCUGGGAAGAGCUGUGCUGUUUCAGGACCGUUUGCAGACAGUGCUCUCCAGCCCUGUCGUUCCAUAACCAGCUCUCUCCACACCCAUUCCUACAUAGGGUGCACGAAUAGCAUUCUACACAUUUAAAAUAUUACAGAAGCCUUUCUAAAAGUGAAGAAAGGAAUCCAGAGGAGCUGAUAGUGUUCAGCAAGUGUGGCAACAGAAUUGCUGGAGUGUGGUCUGGUCUCAUAUGCUCUGUCUUUGUUGUACCGUGCUCUGAGGAGCUCUGGCUCUUUCUCAGCCUUCCAAGACAUGGUUUUCAUGCAGAUCUUUCGUUACUGGUUUGCCCAUUUCACACAGGUUACUGGAGAACUCCCUGCUUCCCGAGGGUCUGAAAGUGGAAUGCUGGGCAGUGAAGGUUGGCCGGGCCCGCAGGAAUGACUGCCUUCCUCCUUGGCAAGGCUCCUAGAAACACUUGUUGAUGAUACCAGGAUCAGGACUUGUGUACCAAAACAGAAUAAACCAGUGCUUCCUUCUCAAGUA